AUGGGUGCCGGCCAGUCCAGGGCAGAGCCGUCAGAGAAGAUAUUCAGAAAUGAGACUCCCAUCCAGUUCUCCGGCGACGUCGUCAACUCCCUCGCGGAUCGUUCCGCCGCCACCGACCCGACGCCCGAGCGCCAGGCGACCAUAGACGAGCACAUCCGCGGGCGCAUCAACUCGGAGCUCUCCCGCUUGCGUGCGGAGGAGGAGAAUGUGCAGUCUGAGAUCGCGCGCGCACUCGAGAAGGAGAACCUCGACCGCGAGCGCGGCAUGGCCGGCGACGCGGAGGAGGCGGGUGGGGUGAAGAGCAGCGCGGCGUUGAUGGGCGACUUGGAAGAGAUCCGCUCGAAGGUAGACCGCUUCAAGGAGCGCCGCGGGCUGAAGGACUUCCCGACUGUGAAGGCUGGUGCGGAGGCUGUCGCGGAGUGCUAUCGGAAAAACCCAACAACGCCGCUGGAUUGCUGGCGAGAGGUAGAGCACUUCAAGGGUGCAGUCUUGCAGGCGGAGCGGGAAUUCUUCAAUAGCUUACAGUACUAG